UAAAUGUCUUCUUUUGAGACGUGUCUGUUCAUGUCCUUCACCCACUCCAUCAAAAAGUGGGUGAAGUGCCAGUGUACUGAGCACGAGACAAAUACAUAAUUGACCCCUUUUGUCUUGUGGAUUCAAGUAUGUGACCAUGCCCUCCCUCCUUCCCCUCCAGCCCCUUUCCCCUUUAAAUACCGAAGCCCUCACCAUCAUCUUUGGAGGAAGGUACAGAGUUGGCUCUCACGCGCACAUCCUGAACUUUGGCCAAAUAAACCUCUAAGAUGACUGAUAGCUGUCUCAGAUACUUGUUGGCUUAUGAAGUGGCCACCAUGCAGGGACUCAGAGCGGAGGUGGCCCUGCCCUUUGACAGGUUUCCUCCUGGUGCUUAGGACCCGUUUGGGCCUUCUUUAUUGCUCAGGACAAUUUGCUGAGAUGUGGGAGCCCCACCAUUCUCCAGAUAAUCUCUGAUCUCCUGAAACUUGGUUGAGGUCUUAGGUUUAUUUUGCGCACAACGCCUUUUCCUUUUCCGGUGUUUCGCUUGCUUCCAACAAAGAAGGAUGGAGAGCAGUCUAAAGCCUGGGCCCCAUUCCUAGGUAAGUAGCUGAAUCGGGGGUCUGUCUUGGAAGUUCUCCUUAAUGACUAGAGCUAACAUUAACGACUGGCUGGUCUUCUACUAUUAGCAUGCUCAGUAAGUGUAUACAUUGUGGGAUUGUUUGUUUUGCUUAACUGCUUUUUGUUUAUUUGCUUCUGUGUUUGCUGUUUUUGCUGUUUCAGUCUUUUUCCCGUUGGAUUUGAUGAAGUCUAUUAGACUUGGUCAAAUCUGAAGCAAACUUCCAAGUUGUGGGAAACAAGCCUCUGAACUAGCUGAAUUCCCACAGCUGGGAAAAACGAAAAAAAGCCAGAACAAGGGAAAAAUGAUUUUGACCACCUGAUGGGCUUUAUUUGUAUAACGAGGCCACCUUUUUCCAGCCAUGCCACACUCGAAGAUUGACACAGGACUUUUUGGGGUGCUGCUUCUCCAGCUGGAGGCCUCUGUGGCCGGUGGUGCCCCUAGCCGGGUCUCCUGGGCUCCAGGCUUGGCCCUGGAGUACCCCGCCCACCUAGUCCGGCCGUGGGAUCUGCGCUCAGCCCAUGGCUGGACUGCGCAUGUGCAACCCGCUUCUGCCUUGAGCACUGGAGUCUGGACAAGGGGAAUGUGGUGGCGCCCAAAACGUGGAGAUGCCAGGAACCGCAGAGCCCCAAGGGUGUCACAGCUCGAUUGUUCCCCGUGCCUGCGGUCUGCUGGGACGAUGCCGGAGUGUGAAGGAGUUUGAGAAGCUGAACCGCAUUGGAGAGGGUACCUACGGCAUUGUGUAUCGGGCCCGGGACACCCAGACAGAUGAGAUUGUUGCGCUGAAGAAGGUGCGGAUGGACAAGGAGAAGGAUGGCAUCCCCAUCAGCAGUUUGCGGGAGAUCACGCUGCUGCUCCGCCUGCGUCAUCCGAACAUCGUGGAGCUGAAGGAGGUGGUUGUGGGGAACCACCUGGAGAGCAUCUUCCUGGUGAUGGGUUACUGUGAGCAGGACCUGGCCAGCCUGCUGGAGAAUAUGCCAACACCCUUCUCGGAGGCCCAGGUCAAGUGCAUCGUGCUGCAGGUGCUCCGGGGCCUCCAGUAUCUGCACAGGAACUUCAUUAUCCACAGGGACCUGAAGGUUUCCAACUUGCUCAUGACUGACAAGGGUUGUGUGAAGACAGCGGAUUUCGGCCUGGCCCGGGCCUAUGGUGUCCCAGUAAAGCCAAUGACCCCCAAGGUGGUGACUCUCUGGUACCGUGCCCCUGAACUGCUGCUGGGAACCACCACACAGACCACCAGCAUCGACAUGUGCAGGGUCAGCAGAGGUCUGGCUGCAGUGAGGUCCGCUGUUCCUGGCGCUGGCAGGGUCAGCAGACGUCUGGCUGCAGUGAGGUCCGCUGUUCUCUGCAGGGCUGUGGGCUGCAUCCUGGCUGAGCUGCUGGCCCACAGGCCCCUUCUCCCCGGCACUUCCGAGAUUCACCAGAUCGACUUGAUCGUGCAGCUGCUCGGGACGCCCAGUGAGAAUAUCUGGCCGGGUUUUUCCAAGCUGCCGCUGGUCGGCCAGUACAGCCUCCGGAAGCAGCCCUACAACAACCUGAAGCACAAGUUCCCGUGGCUGUCCGAGGCCGGGCUGCGCCUGCUGCACUUCCUGUUCAUGUACGACCCUAAGAAAAGGGCGACGGCCGGGGACUGCCUGGAGAGCUCCUACUUCAAGGAGAAGCCCCUACCCUGUGAGCCGGAGCUCAUGCCGACCUUUCCCCACCACCGCAACAAGCGGGCCGCCCCGGCCACCUCCGAGGGCCAGAGCAAGCGCUGUAAACCCUGACGGUGGGCCUGGCAUACACCUGUAUUCCCACACCAGGUUUUCCGAUCGGCGGUGUCCGUGAAGGGUGCUGUGAGCCAGGCUGACCAGGCGCCUGGGAUCCAGCUCAUCCCCUUGGCUGGGACCAUCCUCCACUGACCCUCCCACUGUCUGCCCUGAACCCACUGCUGCCCGCAGAAAAAGGCCGGGUGACGCUGGGGGGCUCCCAGCCGUGCACCCUGGAAGGGGCAGGUCUGGCGGCUCCAUCCGUGGCCGCAGGGGUCUCCCGUGGUGGUCCUCGCUGUGUUGGAAAUGUGCAACCACUGCUUGGGAGGAGUGGUGGGUGCAGUCCCCCUGCUGUCUUUUGAGUUGUGGUGGACGCUGGCCUGGGAUGAGUGGGCCCAGAAGACCUUCGUAUCCCCUCUCAGUCGCUGUCCCGUGCAUGGGUCAGCUGUGGUGACCCCAGGUGGGCCUGGCAGGACUCCAGAUGAGGACAAGAGGGACAAGGUAUGAGGUAGGAGCCACAACUGAGGAUGCCUGGAGACCACCAGGAGAGCCCUAGGCUGGAGGCUGAGCUGCAUCCCUGCUCCCCACAUGGAGGACCCAACAGGAGGCCGUGGCUCUGAUGCUGAGCGAAGCUAUAGGCUCUUGUUGGAUAAAAGCUUUCUUAACAGA